AGCCAACAUGAUGAGAUUGAAACAAAAUUUUUUGAGGAGAAAGCUGCAUUGGAAGCAAAAUACCAGAAGCUUUAUGAACCUCUCUACACUAAGAAAGGAGUGCCUGACUUUUGGCUUACUGCAAUGAAGACUAAUGACGUACUUUCUGAGGAGAUUACCGAGCGUGAUGAAGGGGCACUCAAGCAUCUCAAAGAUAUCAAGUGGUCUAGGAUAGAUGAUCCAAAAGGAUUCAAGCUGGAGUUCUUCUUUGAUACUAAUCCAUAUUUCAAAAAUUCCAUCCUGACAAAAACAUAUCACAUGGUCGACGAGAACGAGCCUAUUUUGGAGAAGGCUAUUGGGACUGAGAUCGAAUGGUAUCCUGGUAAAUGCUUGACACAGAAGCUUUUGAAGAAGAAGCCAAGAAAGGGAUCGAAGAAUGCGAAACCUGUGACCAAAACUGAAGAUUGUGCAAGCUUCUUUAACUUCUUUAGCCCUCCUGAGGUCCCUAAGGAGGACGAGGAUCUUGAUGAAGAGUCUGCGGAAGAACUCCAAGCUCAGAUGGAACAGGAUUAUGACAUUGGUUCAACAAUUCGAGACAAAAUCAUUCCUCAUGCAACAUCAUGGUUCACUGGAGAGGCUGUUCAUGGGGAUGGGUUUGACGAUUCAGAUGAUGACGACGAGGACGAUGAGUUAUACGAUGACGAUGAUGAAGACGAAGAGGAUGUGGACGAUGACGAGGAAGAGGAGGAU